UGAAGUAUUUGUGUUUAUUCUGGCUGUUCCUGCAGAAAGAAUAGUUAAUCCCGUCUCAGCACUCUACCAGGUAGAACGCCCAGACGUUGCUCCCUUGACACUAAAACGAGUUUCCGCGACCCAGGAACCCUCCGUCCACCUCCGACCCUUCCCUCAUUCCCUCAACAAACUUAUCAACUUAUCCUUUUGCUCUUGAUUAAAUUCUACAAUUUCCUCGCUCUACUGUUGCCGCGACGAUUACUGAAUUAUUCUUGAAAUCAGAAAGCGCCGAACCUUUUACCUGUGGGGUUGAAACUUAUUACUGUCGCUAUUACAACUUUAUGCGACCAAAGUCCCUUAUUGCGUGUUGUCGGCCAGGCCAGCCAGCCGCUAAGAGAUAGUCAAAGUUCUUUUUACUCAAAUCUCAACCUCGCGCGACAUCUCCACCCUUUCACCACCACUUCAACAAAACACGGAUCACAACGAUUGCCUCUUGACGCACCUUGAUCCACCCAUACGAGAAGUCGAUAUCGACUUUCUAUUACACUACCGCACAGAGACUUUCAGUCCACCUUCGAUCCCACCUUAUCCGUGACGCAAAUCACAGGCGACCACGCAACUCAACUCUGCCUCUGUCAACAGCACAACUCAACAGCCGCCACUCCAAACGAAAUUUGCAGCGACUGGAGGCUCUGAGCUCCCCUCCAUUCGAUUCACCGAGGCCGGCUCACUGAUAUCCAACAAGUGAGUUACAGUCCUCUCAACAGCGAAACACGAUAUAGCCAGUAUCGACUUUCCGAGACGCACAUACAGCGAGCAAAACCGACACCCCAACUCCAACCCACCUCCUUCGAGAGGCCCAGACGUCAUGGCGGACCAAAACGAUGUGGAUCUCGAUUCCAUAAUAGACCGUCUGUUGGAAGUCAGAGGGAACAGACCGGGAAAGCAGGUUCAGCUCUUGGAGCCUGAGAUCCGCUAUCUGUGCACAAAAGCUCGUGAGAUCUUCAUCUCUCAACCGAUCCUUCUGGAGCUUGAGGCUCCCAUCAAGAUUUGUGGCGAUAUCCACGGCCAAUAUUACGAUCUCUUGAGACUCUUCGAAUACGGUGGAUUCCCACCGGAAGCCAACUACCUGUUCUUGGGCGACUACGUCGACAGAGGAAAGCACUCGCUAGAGACGAUCUGCCUCUUGCUUGCGUACAAGAUUAAAUACCCAGAGAACUUCUUCAUCCUCCGUGGUAACCACGAAUGCGCCUCGAUCAACCGCAUAUACGGCUUCUACGACGAGUGCAAGAGAAGAUAUAACAUUAAGCUGUGGAAGACCUUUACUGACUGCUUUAACUGCCUGCCCAUUGCUGCCAUUAUUGACGAGAAGAUCUUCACAAUGCACGGAGGCCUCAGCCCCGAUCUCAACUCCAUGGAGCAGAUUCGCCGCGUUAUGCGCCCAACUGACAUUCCCGACAGCGGCCUUCUAUGCGAUUUGCUCUGGUCCGACCCCGACAAGGGCAUAACCGGAUGGUCUGAGAAUGACCGAGGUGUAUCGUUUAUCUUCGGUCCCGACGUCGUUUCAAGAUUCCUUCAAAAGCAUGAUAUGGACUUGAUUUGCCGCGCUCAUCAGGUCGUUGAAGACGGGUAUGAAUUCUUCUCGAAGCGGCAAUUGGUCACGCUGUUCAGCGCGCCCAAUUACUGUGGAGAGUUUGACAAUGCUGGUGCAAUGAUGAGUGUGGAUGGGAGUCUGUUGUGUUCGUUCCAGAUUUUGAAACCUGCGGAGAAAAAACAAAAGUACGUUUAUGGCGGUCUAGGCGCGAGCAGGCCUGUCACUCCUCCGCGGAAGCAAAAGAAGUAGAAGAUCAAUUACGAACUUUCUCGUGUGUAGCAGGUUCGGACGCAGAUAAAUCGACUUUAUUUUAUUUUUCCCAUAUCGAAAUUACCACCAACGCCGACUCGAAAUAUUCCUUUCCUCCAACAUCCUCCGCAGGUCUCCUGCCAACCUCUCUCUCCGUAUCCUGACGGCCCCAAUUUUUUCGACUGGUACGACCGCCUCUUCGACUUCGCAAAACAUCACAUACGUUGCGCCCUGGAUUUUGCCUUUCUUUCGAACCUCGCUAUGAUUCAUUUUACGCAGACUUUUUCUUUCCCCCGCCCAGCUUUUUGCUUCAUGAGCCCGACGACCUCGCGACUGGCGCCUACGUGAUAUAGAAAAAGUAACGGGGGUUUUCAAUGGCCUGGUUGCCGGCACUGAGAAGUAGGGUAAGGGUGGAAGGGGUUUGUGUAUAUGACAUUUUAACGAUGUUGGGACGCAUGAAGGGGGCAUAUGUACUUUGUCAGUUUGGCCGUGAGGCGAGCCGUGCUUCCCUGCACUAACUUGCAAAUGAUUUCGUUGUGGGUACUGGAAAUGGGACAAGGGGGAUAU